AUGCCGGAAAGGGCUAUUGCGAGACAUGAAGUCAGAGAAAUAGAACAACGGCACACAGUAGAUGGCCCUCGACUAGAUGUGACACUCGAUGAAGAAGAUGAUGUGGUGAUUAUUUACAACAGAGUACCUAAGACUGCCAGCACGUCCUUCACAAAUAUUGCCUAUGAUCUUUGUGCGAAGAACAAAUAUCAUGUUCUACAUAUCAAUACAACCAAAAAUAAUCCUGUUAUGUCUCUACAAGAUCAG